AUGUCUGUCACGCCAAGUGACAUCGGGUAUUACUUCUGCCGAGGCUCGGGGAGAAAUGGAGAAACUUUAGACACGGUGCGAGCAUCUGUAUAUGUCAAAGAUCUGACCAAUAUAAUAGUUUUGAACGCUAGAUUUGCCAUUCCAUUCAGCGAUGAGCUUCAUGACCAAACGUCUAAACUCUAUAAAGAAACGGCGCUCAACAUCAGCACCUAUGUGGAGCAAGGCGUCCGAACCAGUACUGGGUUGCAGAGUUUAUCAGUAGUAUGCAGAGCCCUAAGACCAGGAAGCGUCAAAGCUGACAUGAAUAUCUACAUCGAGCGGACCAAUAUGACGGCAACGGAGACACAAGAUCUUAUUGGUCUAUCUCUUGACCGUCUAGCCAAUGAAUCGAACGGUUUUCUCGAUUCAAACACCAUUUCGGUUCAAGAUAACGAAUAUCUCCUGGAUAUCUCCUCGCUUUGA